AGCUUUGGUGAUUCAACCGCCCAGCCUCCCACGCCUAAACGGACCCCGAUAUCAACCGUCUUGCCGAGCCCGGGUUUUGAGACACCUACGCACAGCCAGGGACGUUUCGACGAGUUGAGUGGGUGGACUCCUCGUUUUGCCGAGGAGUAUUCCGUUUUCAACGCGACACCCGGGAAUCUCAGAGGCUCCCGUACACCGUUUCCAGACUUCGGCCCUGCAACACCGUGCUUAGGUAGCGCAAACCAGAAACGCUCGCUGUCCACCGACGGAAUUGGCCUCGGGGUUGCGGUCCACGGGAAUGAGUUGUCGCCGAAUCCAAGCCUGCCGUUGCCCUCCGUCGAGCCCUCCACAAUCUUGCGCUCAUCGCCGGCUUUAUUACGGACGGCAACGUUUGACGACUCAGGCGCCGCUGGUCAUCUUGCGGGAUCUGUCGAACGAUCAGCAAAAAAAUAUCGUCGUAGCACGGUUGUCGCGCAACCGCAAGGCCAGACAGCAACCCCUCCCCCGUCAGCUCGCAAGGGAGAGCGUAAGCUUGCACCCAAGGGUGACACUAGCGCCAUGCAGAAUGAGCAGGACUAUGGGCAGCAGGCGCACUUCAUGGCCUCCGCGCAGCAGCAAGGCAUGGGCGGCUUCAUGACACCCCAGGGCGAUGUCUUCGGCUAUCCGCUUUCAGCCCCGGCUGCCGCGCCGACAUAUGGAGCUCAGAGACCAUUCUGGGAUUCCGACCCGAGCCUCGCCGGUAUGGAUAUCGACUUCACCCCCCACGGAGACGGCAUGCAGCCCGCAACCCAGCACCACGGGCCCGAGUUGGUGGAUUGGGCGAGGACGAAUCAGCUGUUGCCGGACCAAAGCGGUAUGACUGGCCCUCCUCCGUCCAGUGUCGAUAACGGCACUUCGCUCGUUUCCCAACCGCCCAUGUCGAUGCUAGUGACUUCGUCGGUCGAUCACUCGCUCUUUGCAGCCAGUUAUCCCAACCCUGUCGAUGAUCCUUUUGGCAUAAGUGAUGCCAGCGGUGUGGUGAACCCUGGGGUCUUGUUCAGCCGGCCCCAGUCGGCGAACCUCCACACGGUCUCGUUUAAUAAUCAGGCCAUAGCCCGGCCAACCACGAACACGGUGGUGAGCCAAGAUAGUCGAGUGGACAGUGGAGGAGCGUCGGUGUCGAAAACUAGCGGACGCGCCGAGUUGCGCCGUUCGGCCAGCGCGAAGGACGCGACCCCCAGGAAACCGGAUUGGGCCUCGGCGAGCUCCCUGGUCAAGGAGGCUGGCCGUCCAGGACUCUCACGGAGCUUCAGCGAGAAUAGGGGAAAGAAAACCGUUGGCCGGCCAUCUCUGCCUCCCCUUGCUCCCCGGCCGCGGUCCCAGUUGGUAAACAACGCGGGCGUGAAUGCCAACAAACCCGUCAUUUCACAGCCCCAGAGGCCGAGCGGCGGAAGAUCCUCACCGUCGAAGAGUAGCCACCACCACCACCGCUUGUCGAGCCUCUCGUCGAUCCCGGAAACAUCAGGUCCACAGAUGAGGACUCAGGCGAAAUUCACGAUUGAUUCCAAUGGCCGAGCAAGAGUAGAGACCACGGUGGUGGUAGUAGAUGAGCCAUCAUCGAGCGCUGUCAAGCGUCAUUGUUCGUAUCCUGUAGCGCCGCGGCAGCAGUGGUAUUCAUCAGACGACGACGACUCAUCAACGGAUGACGAACCCAUCAUCAUUCCGAGCAGGAACACGUCAUUUGCACUCCCCGACCCGCGAAAGCCCACGACUAUUCAUCCCUUCCACAAUUCGCAACGGAGCAUGAGCGAGUAUAGCACUAUGUCAUACACGAGCUUUCAAGGACCAUCCCACGACGCAGGCGACAGCGACGGAGAGACCAUAGUCAAUGAUUCGACAACGCCGACGCGCAAGGCCUCGGGCGACGCGCUCAGCGAGCUGCGGAAGCUGCGCGAGACGCGCCAACAGAAACCUGCAUCGAGCUCGAAGCCAAAACGGUUCGUUUCGAGUCAUCAUCAUUACUCGGGUAACCCCGCGUCGUCGUCAUCGCCGACGACGGUGAGCGAGGCGAGUCUGCCGACGCCGACGGCGGAUACGAUGACCCCCGGCGUGCGGUGUGUCUGCAACAGGGCGGAGGCGGGUCGGAAUGACUUGUUGGUUCAGUGCGAGUCCUGCGAAAUGUACGUCCAUGGCCAAUGUGUGAGCAUCACGCAACGGACGAUGCCAUCAAUAUAUAUCUGUGCCUUUUGCUCGAACACACCAAACAUGCGAGGCGGAAAGCUCCGAGACAACGGGCGCUUGUCGGGAGCCGUCGCGCUUCCAGGCUCAGUCUCGUCACCGCUGGCGCACAAGUCUCUAAAAUCGUUCCGGUGA